UUCCAUUUAUUGGGCAGACGUGCUCCUAGCUGGGGUUUUUAAAUACAGAAAGCUGAAGUGACUGUUAUACUUUAUAUGAGGACACCCAAUUUCCCAUCUUCAUCGUAGAUCCCAAACACAUCUGAAGAAGAGAAGGCUGCUUAAUAGCUGGUUAGCGAUAGCGUAAAGAUGCAAUUGGCUCUAAGUAAAACGUUCGGCCAGAAACCAGUUAAAUUUCAAUUAGAACAAGAUGGGGACUUUUACAUGGUUGGGUCAGAGGUUGGAAACUAUCUGCGUAUGUUCAGAGGCUCUCUGUAUAAAAGAUAUCCCUCUUUAUGGAGGAGGCUGGCCUCAGUGGAGGAGAGGAAGAAAAUCGUAGCAUCAUCUCAUGCCACUAGUGUUACUCUGCUGAAGGCAUCAGAAUGUGAAGAGAUCUUCGAGGGGAAUGAUGAGAAGUACAAGGCGGUGUCCAUCAGCACAGAGCCCCCAGCUUACCUCAGGGAGCAGAAAGCAAAGAGAAGCAGUCAGUGGGUCCCCACUCUGCCCAACAGCUCUCACCAUCUAGAUGCUGUGCCUUGCUCCACCACCAUCAACCGCAACCGAAUGGGCCGAGACAAAAAGAGGACCUUCCCCCUGUGUUUUGAUGACCACGACCCUGCAGUGAUCCAUGAGAACGCAGCCCAGGUGGAGGCGCUGGUUCCCAUUCGUCUAGACAUGGAGAUAGACGGACAGAAACUGCGAGACGCCUUCACCUGGAACAUGAAUGAGAAACUGAUGACACCGGAGAUGUUUGCAGAGAUUCUAUGUGAUGACCUGGACCUGAAUCCUCUGGCCUUUGUCCCCGCUAUUGCCUCAGCCAUUCGCCAGCAGAUUGAGUCCUACCCCAUAGACAGCAUCCUGGAAGAGCAGGCAGACCAGAGAGUCAUCAUUAAGCUGAACAUCCACGUGGGGAACAUUUCUCUGGUGGACCAAUUUGAGUGGGACAUGUCGGAGAGGGAGAACUCGCCAGAGUCGUUUGCACUGAAGCUGUGCUCUGAGCUGGGUCUGGGGGGAGAGUUCGUCACCACUAUCGCCUACAGCAUUCGUGGUCAGCUUAGCUGGCACCAGAGGACCUAUGCCUUCAGUGAGAACCCACUCCCGACAGUAGAGAUUGCCAUCCGCAACACAGGUGAUGCAGACCAGUGGUGCCCCCUGCUGGAGACCCUCACAGAUGCCGAAAUGGAGAAGAAGAUCCGAGACCAAGACAGGAACACAAGGCGUAUGAGACGACUGGCCAACACCGCUCCUUCCUGGUAGAAAGAGUCAUGAAGCUGCAUCAGAUGACGUGUUCCCCGGAGACUACUGUUACUCUGAAGUGAACACACACACACACACACACACACACACACAUCAUGCAUUGAUGAAGCCUCUGGAUGUUCCUGUAAGCAUGACUGCACUCACAGUUCGGGGGUCCGUCUCACUGACAACACACACAUUCAGGCAUUCCUCUGCACGCACUGUCUGCCGUCAUCAUGUUUCACCUUGCCUUUAGCACGUCGGUCACAGCAACACUUUAAACCAAAACAUCACUGUUCGCUUGUGUUUGUCUGAUGUCUGCUACAUAAGUUACUGUUACACACACCACACCAUGCAACAUUCACACUACACACGUCAGGUGGAAACAAUUGGCAUUACAGUAAAAUUACUGAGUUUAAUGUGAAUGAAUACAAUAUGGACAGCAUUUGUUUAACAUCAUCGGGGCAACUCUUCCAACAGUCCUUUGAAGAUCUUCAGAGCUUUAUCACAUCUGUAACAGAAGUCUGCCCUUUCUCUGUCUACAAGAGAAAGAGUUCCAGUUGCCAUGACUGAAUGAUCUACGAUUCUAACUCAGAUCCUGUCUUUAUCAACUUCUAGCACUGCACUGUCGGUGUUUUUCACAGCUAACAUUGUGAACAUGUUGGCAAGGAAAAGCACAGGGGAAAUUAAUCACAUUAACGAUGGCUCUGUGUCCCCGCGCUGACUUACAGAGCUGGAUGGAAUGAAGUCGUUAGUAAUAAUAAUGACACUGGGAUCUUCCAGCUAUGUCAAAGUCAAACGCCCCAUUUACACUUCUCAUUUCAAAUGUCUUUUACUGAAGACACUUUAAUUUACACUCAGGCACAUGUAUGCAUCUCUGGUGGCCAGAUCACACAUCUGAUUGCAUCCGUCUUUGUUUUCCCGGCUACAUGUAAAUCAGGGUCUGCACUCCUCCAGGCCAGAAGUAGUUGGUAGUGCACCUGCAUCUCCAGAAGAAGACUACAAUUCUGCCGUUUGGUUACAGCAGUUUAGCUAGUUUUAACUAACAACUAUCCAUAAGCUAAAACAAACGUACAAAUGAAUUUUAUUUAUAAACGACGAGCGAGACGUUUUAACCGUCUUCAAGGCUCUAACUCACGCCCCCCCUCACCCAUACAGAUAAAUGCUGUGUCACCCACAGAUCAUUCAGUGGUUGAACUCUACAGCAUCUUGGUGCACCUUGUUUCUCAUUCAUUGAGAGAACAACUGCACAAGGACAGAGCAGACAGACCGUGGAUAUAUGAAGGACAUAGCCACAGAUGCUUACUCACAUAGUUCCACGAUGGGAGGAGUAAAGAUUAUAGUAAGAGAGUCUUGGAGGGAUGGAUAUAUUUACACAUUUUCAACAUCUGGCUGGAAUCUGCUCAAACGUCCUCCGGAGGAGCGUGAACAAUCCUAUCUGGGUAGAUGGAGCAGCUGUCCGAUCCACUGGUAUGAAGUGAGUGAGUGUAAACAGGCUCACAGUGUCGGUACAUUGAGAUGUUCCACAUGACCAGCGGUUUGAGGCAGCGUGUCCUGUAGAGCUGAAAAGAUUAGUCGGUUAAUCAACUGAAAAGUGAGCAUGAACUAUUUUGAUAAUUGAUCAUUCGAAAAUAGUAAAAAGGUGUUAAACAUUAACUUCUGAUUCUAAAAUAAGGAUUUGCUGUUCUUUGUCAAAUAUCACUGUAAACUGAAUAAGUUUGAGUUUCCGUCUGUUGUCAGACAGAAGUGUGAGGAUGUGACCCGGGGCUUUGAGAAGUUGUGAUGGCCUUUUUGUUAUUUUAUUUUUUACAAUUGAAACUGACCUGCGCACAUCAAACCUCUGUUGAUGGGUACCCCAGGAAUACUACAUAAUGCCUCUAUGUGUAUGGUUUGAACAUGGGAGAAAAUAUCAUUGUGAUCGUGUGAAUUGGUAAGAAAAAUUUAAGUCAGUAAAUCCUCCAUCUCUGGGCUUUAAUAAAUGUCAGUGAGCCACAUCCAAGUGUUUUGACUACUUUGGUACAGAGGCUGAUGUUAGUGUUUUUAUCUGACAGAAAUAACGUGUAUAAUCUAACUACAACACUCCCUGCUAAUGUUACUUUUGUGUCCUGCUCAGCUGUCGAGUGUUUGCAGCCAAUCGGAGAGUUGGUUUGAUUUUCGCAUGAAGACUUUGCGUCCCGAUCUUACUCACCGACUCUGAUCGGUUAUGUGCACCAGUGUUCAUUUGCAUGCUAACACAUAGCUAGUUCAUAGUGUAACCCUGUGCAUGAGGGACUAGUUGUUCCCAUUGUUACGUCUGUGUGCACUGUGCCUCACAUUGCAUCAGUGUCAGCAGACUGGUCCUUUUUACUGGUAAAUGUGUUUUGGGUAGUAGAGAGGGAAACAACAACCAAUGGUGUCUUUUUAAAGUGAUGAUUUGAACAUAUUCCAGAGAAUGAUGUUAACAUAUGUACUGUCGCUUCUUGUUCUCUUCUUUUGUAAAAUUGCUUUACCUUUAUAGUUCUUUUUUUAUAUGAAAAAUAACAAUAAAGAAAACUUGUUGGACAUA